AUGGAAGAAACUAAAGAUGAAGUGGUGGAUAGUCAAAUUUCGAUGGCUCUAUCUCAAUAUAAGGAACAAAAUCAAGAUGAAGUUGACAUUGAAUCCUCUCAAUAUGAUAGGGUUGGAUUAGAAACAGAAAGCAUGAAAGAUUAUACAAAUCUAUUCAUGUCAAGCCAGGCCUUCCCAAGUAGAGAUGCCCUAAUAGAGUGGGUUCAUUGUAUUGGAAAGAAAAAUAAUAUGGUUAUUAUUAUUCAAAGGUCUGAUUCAGGAAUGAUUGGGAAUAAGAAAAAGAGACCAAAAAUAAAAUUUUGUUGCGAGCGUGGUGGUUAUUACAUGCGUAUUUUAAAGACUAAAGCUCAUUGUAAAAAUAUACAAGAGCAUGUUGAUGAAGAUAGUAGAAAGAAAAAGCGUCAGAAGGCUAGUGGUACGAAGAGAUUUGGGUGUCCAUUUGCAUUGAGGGGAAUCAAUGAUUUUGGGGAUGAAUGGACAUUGGAGGUAGUAUGUGGUAUACAUAACCACCAUCAUGCUCAAUCCCUUCAUGGUCAUUCCUAUGCUGGACGUUUAUCUAAGGAAGAACAUGCAAUGUUAGUGGAUAUGUCAACUAGCUUGAUAAAACCCAAGGAUAUCCUCAUUGCUCUAAAGAAACGAGAUCGAGAAAACGUAACAACUAUGAAGACCAUAUAUAAUGUUAGAGCAGCAUAUCGGACAAAAAUUAUGGCUGGAAGAUCGCAGAUACAAUGUUUGCUACAUAAGUUAAGGGAACACAAUUACAUUGAGCACCACAGGAGUGAAGAGAGGCAGAAGACAAUUACAUGGGCUUUGAGUAGAUUGAAGACUCUUUUGUUUGAUGACUAUACUCCAAAUGUUAUUAUCACUGAUCGAGAACUAGUACUAAUGAAUAGCAUCAACAAAGUAUUUCCUCAUGCCCGACAUCUCUUGUGUAAGUGGCAUAUUAACAAGAAUGUGAUGAAAGAGUGCAAGAAGAAGUUUGCAAGAAAGGAAGGGUGGGAAUCAUUUAAUAGUGCUUGGAACACUGUAGUUGGUUCUACGAGCGAAUAUGAGUAUUGGAAAAAUCUCAAGGAUUUAGAGUCUAAAUUCAGUUCAUAUCCAAGUGCAGUAAACUAUGUGAAAAACAGUUGGUUGGACAAGUACAAAGAACGAUUUGUGGUUGCAUGUACAGACAAUUGCAUGCACAUUGGUACCACUACUUCGAAUAGGGUGGAGAGUGUGCAUUCAAAGUUAAAGAGACAACUUAAAUCUAGUCUGUUCGACUUCAAUAAUUCAUGGGAUAAUAUACAUUCAUUGAUGGAGUUGCAUCAUACCGAUAUCAAGGCUUCUUUUGAGAAGAGUCGAUGUUUCCUGCAAAAUAAUUUCAAACAUGACUAUUUGAAAGAAUUAAUAAGUUAUGUAUCAAUUGAAGCCUUGAACAAAAUUGUGUGUGAAGCUGAAAGGAUCAAAAAUAUCAAGGACUUGGUAUUUUGUGGUUGUGCUAUACGAACGACGCACGGUUUGCCUUGUGCACAUGAGAUUGCUGAAUUCAAACGUUUUGAUAAGCCUAUUCCUCUUGAUGUAAUUCACGAGCAUUGGAGACAGUUGGGUGUUGGUCAAACCAUGCAUACUAGUGACGGGAUUGAUGACCAAGAAAAGGUUCCAGUUAAACAACAUAUGGUUCGAUUGGAGAAGUGGGUUGAACAACAAAACGAUGAAAGAAGGCGGGAAUUUUUUAUAAAGAUUGAUGAGCUGAUGAAUCCUGGUAGUACGUUUCUUAAAGAACCUGCAUAA